AUGUAUCCUGACAUCAUUGUGGACUACGUGCCCGGGUUCAAGUUCAAACCAUGCUCCAAAUACGGUUUCACUCUUAAUACUUUACCCAAGAAGAGUGUGAUGGAUGGUGGGAAUAUGAGACCCCAUAACUUCACCACACAUGGCCUGCCUUCUCUGGACAUAUUGCAGGCUGGUAUUGGUAGCUUCCCGCAAUGGAAGGAGAAACCGGAGCGAAAUUGUUCCAAAAAAGACUGCAUUGUGGGCGUGAACUGCAGUGAAGACGGAGUGGAAAACAUGGGCACAGUGAGGUCCUUCUUGCUCGCAGUGGCCGUCAGCAUCCUCUUCCUCCUCUUCUUCGGGGCCAUAGUGGCCAUAGCCAGAGUCAAAGCACGCUCUCUGUCCGGAAGAGACGACACGGAGUUCCUGUAUGACGACCAGGACGACGACUUCCAAGACGAGGACGAGGAGCAUAGAGCGGUUCGUAUGAACGAGACAGAAAUGACAGACGUCGUGCAGGCUCCUCAUAAGCAGCAGUCACAAAAUGGAAUCAGCUCACUCGCAAACUCAGGACUCGCCGCCCAAGCAGGAAGCAGCGUGUACAAUGUGGAGAAUAACAGGAUCUCAGUUCAGCCCUCAAAUGCUGCACCUCAAGGACCACCGGCUUCGUCCGAGUUUGCGACAAGUGAAUUGGGAAGGGAUUAGAUAUUGCAAUUAGAUGAUGAACGAGAUUGCAACGAGAUAAAAGUGAUUCUACUCUGUAUAUCUUGAAAACAGUUAUUUUUAUUUACUUCGACCUGAUUUUGGUCCCUUUUAUCUGUCACGUGAUGCAAUAAACCCCGUGAUUGUUUACAAAACCCAAAUACACAUACAUGUGCUUUCUAAUCUAUUCCGCUGCUUACUCUGUUUAUUUUAGACGUGCUUCUACCCUUAAUGUUAGUUUUAGAAAACUGACCUCAAAAUUCACUACUUGCUCAAAGGAAGUUAAACGCCAAAGUUCUACAAUAAAAUUGUAAAUUUCCAAAACGUUUUUGAUUUUAAUUUUCAUUUUUUAGCAAUUCUUCAGAAUAUCAUUUUAGCUGUAGUUCUAGUAUAUAUAAUUUUUUAUUUGGUGCUCUUUGCAGAACAAAAUCUUAGCCUAACUUUGUAAGAUAAUCAUGCACAUUUUAUUUUGAGCUACUGGUUCUUUAAAUUAAUCUUGGUUCAGUUCGUUAACUAAUUGUAACACUGAAUUUGCUGCACUGUUUGGGUUGUGAAUUCAAAACUUUACAAUUUUA